GCCGCAUCUCCCUUCGCUGCUGCCCCGCGAGAUGAUUGGGGUCCUGCUCCUGCUCCUCCUCCUUCCCCUUGUCCUGUACAUCGCUGCACCCCACAUCAGGAAAAUGCUAUCCAGCAGGGUAUGUACAUCAACUGUCCAGCUUCCCGGGAAGGUGGCUGUGGUCACUGGUGCCAACACAGGCAUCGGAAAGGAGACAGCCAAAGAGCUGGCUCAAAGAGGAGCCCGUGUAUAUAUCGCUUGCCGGGAUGUGCAAAAGGGGGAAUUGGUGGCCAGAGAGAUCCAGACCAUGACAGGGAACCAACAGGUAUUGGUGCGGAAACUGGACCUGGCUGAUACUAAAUCUAUUCGAGCCUUUGCUGAGGGCUUCUUAGCAGAGGAAAAACAUCUCCACAUUCUGAUCAACAACGCGGGAGUGAUGAUGUGUCCCUACUCCAAGACGGCAGACGGCUUUGAGAUGCAUAUAGGAGUCAACCACUUGGGUCACUUCCUCUUGACCCAGCUGUUGCUAGAGAAGCUGAAGGAAUCAGCCCCAUCAAGGAUAGUGAAUGUGUCUUCCUUCGCUCAUCACCUGGGAAGGAUCCACUUUCAUAAUCUUCAGGGCGAGAAAUUCUACAAUGCAGGUCUGGCCUACUGUCAUAGCAAGCUAGCCAACGUUCUCUUCACGCGGGAACUGGCCCGGAGACUUAAAGGCUCUGGCAUUUCAGUGUAUUCUGUACACCCUGGCACGGUGCACUCUGAACUGACCCGGCACUCGUUCUUCAUGAGAUGGAUGUGGCGGCUCUGUUCCCUCUUCAUCAAGACCCCUCAGCAGGGAGCCCAGACCAGCCUGUACUGUGCCUUGACUGAAGGUCUUGAGAUUCUAAGUGGGAAUCACUUCAGUGACUGCCGCAUGACAUGGGUCUCUGCCCAGGGUCGUAAUGAGACGAUAGCAAGGCGGCUAUGGGACGUCAGCUGUGACCUGGUGGGCAUCCCCAUGGAUUGACAAGCGGUGGCAGUUGGACCCAAGAGAAGUGUGCAGCAGACUACUCAGUACUCCCUGCCAAAAUGAUCUUCCUCCAGGGUGGCCAAAAUCUUGAGCACAAAGAGAGCAAACCUUCCAGCCUUGCCAACUUGAUGUCUGAUAAAAGCCCAAUGUGCACUGCCAAAUUCAUCGAAACGCCUUACAUUUGUCUAGAUUUACUUUGCUCCUGUUAUUGCCAUUUACUAGAGAUAUCAUAGGAUAAGUAGCCCUCAUGACCUGCAAGCUCAUAUUUUCCUCUGAAACCUACUGCCUAGGAGAACCUGGGCUAUGGCAGGGCUGAUUUGUGGCAGUUUGGACUAGUUUCUACCCUCUUUGUUCACAGUGUAGUUCAUCCCAACCAACCAACCUUUACUUCAAGAGGGCCACGCUGCAGCCUCAGCUGAACCCCAGGGGUCACAGUGGCUUGGCUCAAGAGCAGGGCUUGUCCCUCACCUCUUUUUUUUUUAAUCCUCACCUGGAUAUUUUUUUCCAUUGCUUUUCAGAGAGAGUG